CCACCAGCGAGAGAGCAUCCCCGGAUCCUUUCAGUUUGGAUUAAGAUGUAGACAAAACACUACUAAAUCUCGCAGUUUUUUUUAAGUUGAUCUUUGAGUUUUGUGAUCUGUUUUGUGUUAACAUACAAAAUGCCAGACUCCGAACGAAGAUCAUCAGAAGAUAACUGCUUCAAUGAGGAAGCUCUUCCUGUUCCUAUUCAAGUCUUUCUCUGGAGGCAGAUAAGUCCUUUUGUUAAACCGAAACUAGGAAAACUACACGAAGCAUCAUGCAUGUUUUGUCAACAUUCGAUGACCGGCCACCAUGAACUCAAAGAAGCGUGUAAAAUGUUUGAAAGAGUUUUGGUUCAGAACAUACAGUCUGGGUUAAAGACUGAUUUAUCAGAAGCAAUUCGUUGUAUUCCUAGGUGGAGGCUAAUACAAGCAUCUCUUCCUCACGUUAUGCAUUCUACAGCUUCUUUACUCUUUAAUAGAAUGAAAGACGGAAAUAUUCAAAGCUUAGGGGCUGUUGAAACUAAACUAAUGUACACUUUACACUGGAUACUUUUAGAUGCGGCAGAAGAGUGCGCCGACAAUGAUUUUGAAAAAGGUCUUUUCCAUUCUUCCCCUUUUUUCUACCUAUUCUCCAUACCAACGAUGACACUCUUUGUCUAUCUGUUUGCUCCAAUGUGUCACCAUUUAAAGGAAUCCGAUUUUCAAAAUUUUCGCUUAGAGAACGGCUUGAAAAUAUGGCAGGCUAUGUGGGAAUUUCGACAUCCAGAAGCUUUAUGCUUUACUUCUCAUUGCAAACCGAAGCCAAAAUAUCUUCUAGGAAAGAAUGUUAAGCAUAAAACCCAGUUUGGUGAUGUCUUCCUUGGUCGUAAACAGUCUGGAGAAGGCUUAGGGCACGAAAGUCCACCAAGUCAAGGCAUCAGUGCUUCUAGUUCAGAACAACAACAUUUAUUUACUAAUGCAUCUUCAUCUGCGACAGUUACCGUAACGGCUACUAUUACAAAAAUCACAGAUGAUGAAAAUAAUUGGGUGUCAUCUCCAAAAGAUACAGUUUUUCCAGAAACAAUUCCCGAAGAAAGUUCAAGCACUGAAGAAGAGCAUGUUGUUAUUUUCCGUUUGCCUUCACUUCAUGAAUCUGACGGUUUUCUUCGAGAUCCAUCUAUUUACACUGCUGAAACCAGUCUAUUUCAGUUAGCUAUGAGAAAAAGCAGUUCAGGAAAAAAUAAUGUUAAAGCUGAACCGGCAACAACACCUUCUAAUACAGAUUCUAAGGGUUCUAAGCCUUCCAUUCAGAAAAUCGGAUUCAUGAAAACUUCUAGUUCGUCUACUGACAAAGAUUCUGUAGACAGUAGCAAACAUCCCUCAACUGAAGGACCUCCAGGUGAUAUGGAAGGGUCUAGAAAGACUUUAGUAGGUCAAACAGGUGACAUCAGCUCCGCUACAUUCCUGGAUGUUUCAGUUCUACGGUGUUUGUUUAUAACCCAUUGGCAAGAAGAAGGAAUAUAUUGGGCUUUACACUAUUUAUACAACCGGUUAAGAGACAUCAGUGAAGAAACAGCUGCCCAGCAACAACCCAGACGAAGAAGCAAUUCGUUACCAAUUCCAAAAAUAGAAGUUUCGCUUUACCAAAGCACGGAAAUAAAGAAGCAAGAAAAUAACAAAGAUUUUAUCGAAGUACCAGAAGUGAAAGAUGUUUCACUUCUAGCAGAAUCUCCGUACACAAACAAAAAACCAAUAGAUGAACCAGUCAGUUUGAGACGAGCUAGCGAAAAAACUAAGAAACGAAUGAAGAUGGCAGACCUAAAAGCUUUUGUUGAGACUAAAUUACUAUCUAAAUCUGACAAAGCGUUGGAAAAAAUUGGACAGGACGAACCUAAACCAUUAGGAGAACAUGCGGUGGGUUCAAGGCGAAUUCUUAGUGAUUAUCAUCGCAGCUUGGAUACAGGUGAUGAACAUUUAUCAAGACCAAGCUCUGCAAUGUCAAAGAUGUUUGAACCCGCAGCCAGCAAUCUAGUUAAAGGAAAAAGUAUGCCAAGUUUAAGCUGUUUGAUAGAUGAAUUAACCUCUGGUGGAUACAUUGGAGAAAUUCAUUGGGAUUGGAGGAGACCCAGCCGAUUUGAACGACCAGCUCAACCAAUGGCCAAUCCCAUUAUUACUGUAACGGAACAUACUCCAACACCGUCACCAGAUUAUCUCAAAAGACAGGGUUCCAUGGAUAGUCAGCUAGACGCUGUAAGCUUAUCUGGAAGCAAGUUAGGCAACUGGCAAGAAAGAAAAUCCAGUUUAACCCGUUCCCAAACCGAUUCCAACAUAACUUACGCAGGAGAGGAUAUUCCAGAAGCUCCGGGUUCUGCAUGUUAUAUUACAAAAGAAGGUGAUAUUGAUUUCCAAGUUGUACUAAAAGCUGUCCAUGCAACUUCGCUACGUGAUAAUACUGCUUGUACCCUGCGAGUGUUAGAAGUCAUUUUGAACUUGGUUGAACUUUUAAUUGAUGUUGGAGUUCUAAAACAAUGCUUAAGAGAAGAAGCAGCGAGUAGCGCAACUGCAACUGGACAAACUACCAGUCCAGGGAAAACCCAAAAAAUGCCUACUAGUACCACAUACACUUCACUAGGUGGUGAACUCGAAAAGUCCACCAAACCACUCACUUCUCACAGACUGAUUAUGAAUAUUAUCAUCAGGGUUUUAAAACAUUUAGGUUGUCCUCAUGGAUGUGCUGAUGGUCAAAGAGGACCAGCAGCAGAGUUCUUGAGAACUCAGUGCCAAAAUAUUUUAGCAAAACUGAACAGAGCCAGCACAAAACAAUUUAAGGACUUUCUAAGGGACUAUGUUAAAUUUCAAACUUUGCCAGAUAUUCUGGACUUUUUCCACUCAUAUCUUGGUUACUGUAUCGAUCCCAGUUCUUUACUAUCUCCUCUGAACCAGAAGCGGGGCUCUAGCAGGUCACCUGACACGGUAUCGCAAGGUGGUUAUUCAACGAACUUUGACACAGGCGUAGGUGGAGGUGGUAUUCGAGGAGUUGAAGGUCAGAUCAUGACACACGUUUUCAAAACAGCGGUAACAAGAUUUGUCGAUUCAGCAAAAGAAAUCAAGUCACCAGAUAACAUGGGGCUGUACUGUGAAGUUAGACAACUCAUGACUUAUGUUAAAGAAGGGCAUGGUAGUGUUUUCCGAAGGGUUGCUCUAAGUGCGUUGAUAGACACAGCAGACAGGCCCACCAGAAAAGAAACUAAUACUCAGACAACGCGAGUCAUUCGACACAUGCACCACUCCGAAUUGGAAGAUCAAGGUGAUGUUGCUACUGAUACAUCUUAUACGAUAGACGAAAAAGGAGUCAGAAAAUUACUUUUCAAAAAAAGAAGUACCUCUUCUACCUGCGCGAGUUUACUGGAAACUGAGGCCGAAGAACUUUCAAAAAUAAGUCAAAGUCCUUUAGGCAACUUAAGAAAACGGCACAUUUUAACACCGCGCCAAAGUGAAAAAACUUUAGGGAUUUUGGAACCUCCUACUAAAACUAAAACGAAAUCCAAACUAGGAGGCAUCGUUAAUUGGUUCAAAAAAAGCGAUCAAACAUCAAUUGAUGAUAACGAAAAUCAAGAUAAUGGUGAUUCUGGAACAGAUACAUCUAGCUUUAUUCGGCAGACAUCCAAAUAUUAUCCUAAUAAGAGUGGAAAGAGUAACGUUGGUCAAACCCUCCAGAAAGCCAAACGAAGGGUUGAAGAUCGUUUUAAUAAAUUUGUUUUGAAGAAGGGAAAGAAAAAAGAUGGAAGUACAGAAGAAUCUUCGGGAGGCUAUUUCAGCCGCCGAAAUUCCGUUGAAAUGGGAGAAUCAUCGCGAGAGUCAGAAUUCAUUGUUUUCAAAGAACGAAAAUUAGUAGCAACUACUCCUGUCUAUCAAGGAGCAUUAAGAUUGUCAUUCCUGUUGGAAACAUGUCCUCCAGGAACAGUACCGGACUCUCAUCUUCUUGCAUCUAUGUUAGAUCUGCCUCAUUCCACGGUUGUUGCAAGAGCCACCUUAUUUUUAGAAUGUUCCUAUUUUGUACACUGUUGUAACAAAGGACAGUGGCCCUCGUGGAUGAAACUGAAUUUUCCAAUGUUUCGACCAUCGGGACCGCUACCUCCUAGAGGUCCUGGUACCGGCAUAAGACGCUCCCAUAUAAUGCAAAGAGCUGCAGGGAAAAUGUUUUAUCAAUGGGCAGAAGUGUUAGGUCAACGUUUGGAAGAAAUUAUGAACGAAGACAAACAGCUGGAACCGCAGAUUGCAGCAAUGAUCUUAGAUGAACAGAAGCAGAAAGAACUCUUAAUGCAAGACGAAGAAGAGGACUUUUUAGAUGAAGCGAGUAUAAACAGUUAUGGUUCAAGUUGCCCAAUGGCUUUGCGUUUGAUUGCGUGUAUAUUGCUUCACGAAAUUACUGGAUUUCUCCGGGAAACUUACCAAACACUACCUAAGUCGUCACGAAUGACAGGAAAAGAAAGACCUCCUCCAUGGGAACGUAUGUACAGUCGUGAAGCUAACAGGAGGUGGAGUAUGGCUUUGUCUUCGAUGGGGCAUUCGCAGACGUCGGCGCAAAGUCUUCAGUCAAUAGCUGGUGAUAGAGAUUCAGGUCAAGCAGAGCGAAAGAUUAGUUUUGUGUUACAUGAACCUGAUAAUGAAUCCGAAGGAAGUAGCAAUACUACUGUUACUAUGCAGGCAAUGAUGCAGGGUGAAGAGGGGAAGAGAAUUGCACAACCACCACGUCCUUACUUGUUACGUCGAGGAACGGCAGCUGCUUCUGGUGGUUCAUUUAAAAGAAGAAGUUUGAAAUUGCGCCGUGGUACAAAAGAGGGAAAAGAAAUGGAAAUUGAAUGGAGAAUUCCAGAAACAGUUAAAAGAGCAGACUCCAUACAGUCUAAAAGAAAAGUCAGUUCGCUAUCGGAUAGAAGUGACACGUCAGAACCUGGUAUGCCGGGUGAAGCCAGUGGUGAAGAAUCCCCUGGUGUUUUAAGCGAUGAUCAGCCACCUGAAAGUCCAAGUGAUAGUAAUGACACAGACGACACAACUAAAAAUAUGCCAUGGAUGAAAGUAAUGGUUCAAGUUGCUAACUCUUUUUAUUACUACUGCACUCAUCAAAAUUUCUGCCAUCCAUUCUGUUACCGACGUGUCAUGAGAGGUUGCAGUCGAUUAGUAAAAGCAGUUCGUAAAGUUUAUGGUGAAGAAUUUGGGGUGUUAGAUGAUAAGUUGAGUAUGGAUUUUGGUGGUAAGAAAAAAACCAACAAAAAAGAUAAGGGUCAAAAUAGAAAAGUAUCUGAUCAAACAAGUUCUCAAGUGUCGCCCAUACGCCGUAAGGACAGUGUUGGCAAAAAAGAAAAAAUUGAUAAAACCUUGGACGGUUCACAGUUAAGCAAAUUAGCUUCUAAAGACUCUUCCAGAGAUAUUGCAGAUUCCGACACUGGCCAAGAUCCAUCUAAAGGCAGUAAUGAUGGAAAACCAUCUGAACCACCACCAAUUUUAAAAUAUAUCAAAACACAGGUUAAAGAUGCAUUUCACAGUCCUCUUGCCGUUCUACUAAAAGGAGCGGUAAUUCUUUCAGAAGAGCACUUUAUUGAAAUAAUUCCUGUUGCUUGGGAAUUAUUGUUGGAGAGUAAUCAAGAAGUGACAGCAUGCGCUGCUUCUUUGUUUAUUUUAGCAGCUGUUAAGGCUCCACAACAGGUCUCUGACAUAAUGCAACAUGGUCUGUCUCAUCCAGACCCAGCAUUUCGGAUUAAUGCCAUAUUAAGAUUUCAAGUACUAUGGAAAAUGAGAUAUCAAGUUUGGCCUAGAAUGGAAGAAAGUGCUCAUAUCUUGUUUAAAGUACCGCCCCCAGGCAUCGAAUUUACCUUACCCUCUCCAAAGAUAGGUAUCGAAUCCUUAGAUGUUGUUGACUCACCUUGGGAGCUUUUAGUAAAAACGAAAGUAGAAGAAGUUACUAUUAAUCAAGAACGACACAGGUCUCUAGUAACCGCAACAAAAACUCGAAAAAAGCAACAAACCGAACUUAUAAAAAUGGCUCUUCAAGCCCAAGACGAUAAGAAGAGGGAAGAAAGGGAAAACUUUCUGAUUACAACAAUUCCCAUUACUAUCCAAGCAGCACACGAACCUAGUCUCUAUCAUACUAGUGAAGAACACGAAGAAGCAGCUGACGAUGAACAAACUGACGGCCAGACUAGAAACACAGGCCAUCACCUUCAUUCAGCUCACUCACUUUUCCCAUCUUGUUUGUGUUCUGCAGUUGUACAAAUUAUAACCCUGCUAGAUGAUGCUGCUGUUUCUGCAGAUGGAAAUGCAGUUUAUGAAGUUGCAUAUCAAGUGAUUUGGUGCUGUUUAGUCGAAGACAGUGCUUUGUUUUUAAGAUACAUUUUAGAACGUUUAACACGCGAGAAGCAAGAACAGAUGUUUAAGAUUUUACGACAUGUUAUUAGAUUUAUUCCGAAACUACCUCAACAAGCAGCAUUUGCAUUAUACAAUUAUAUUAUAGGCUACGUCAUGUUCUACGUUAGAAGUCCUCAUGAAGAUGGUCAAAUGUUAAUUGGAGCAGCUCUUUCAGUCUUAUGGAUGGUGGUUCACAGUGUGCAUGGCAUUAUGUUCAAAGACUUAAAGCAAAUUCUAAGGAAAGAACAAUGCGACGCGUCGAUUUUACUAACUGCUAAUGUUCCUUCUGCCAAGAAAAUUAUAGUUCAUGGACCACAAGAUCCAGAUGCUGGAGGCAUCCCUUCCCAAUUUCCAGUGCAAGAAGAUACACAGUUUUGUCAAAUUCUUAGGGAAGCACUAGACUUUUUUGGAAUUGAAGACAACCGUCAAAAAGAAUUUUUCUUGGUUGACUAUAAAACACAUCAAAUCAGAAAUCCCGCAUCAUAUGUACGCGACUAUUAUUUCUUCAAACGAUCACAAUAUCCUCAACUUGAGUUGGUACAUAUGAAACCUGAAGACGCUUUCAAUGCUCUACAGAAGCAAGAACUUCUUCAUAAGUUUGUUGAGAUUGGUAAGGUUCUAUUAACCUGGGCUAUUUUGAAGAACGUUGACAUGGUUGUACAACGCGUCGUUUUUCUUCACGAAGAAUUGAUGAAGCUUCCAUCUUUUCCACGCAAAGCUUUAGAAUCUGAUCUUGAUUUGUACAAAGGUGGAGCUUUAGGAAAGGAAUUGUUGGGUUUAGAUGUUUUACAUAAAUUCAUGUGGGUGCGUUUAAUUGCACGAAUGUUUGAAGCAAUGGCUGGUAAUUUUGCAUAUUCUGGUGAUAUACACUUGUUUUUGAACGUUCUUAAUGGUGCUGUGAUUCUACAUUCAGAAGAUGCGUGUAUUCUAAGAUAUGUUAUGGCAACAUACAUCAAUGCUGCGUUUCACUUUAAAAACAUUUUCUCUACUAAUGGUUACUUAUUGAUAAUGCCUACAUUGCUCAAAAUAUACUCCAACCACCAAACGAAUAAGUUAGUCACAACAACGGUUGAAUAUGCUGUUAAGCAGUUUUACUUAAUGAAUCGAAAACCCUUCAUACUACAGAUGUUUGGUUCCGUGUCUGCAAUGCUUGAUACUGAUGAAGAAGGAACGUUUGGAGAUGCUCAUAAAAUUCAAUCAAGUUGUCUUUUUAAUCUUCUUUUAAGCUUGGAAACUCCUUCACCUGAUCCCUUAAAUAUUGCUGAACUUGUAAAAGAAGAAAAACCACUAAAAGCCAUAGAUUUUUGCUAUCACGACGAAAACGAAAUGGUAACUAUUCUAGAUUGCAUAUCUUUAUGUGUGAUGGUAGUUUCAUAUUCCUCCGAGAGUGUAAGAGGUUAUCAAAUGCUUAUAAUAUUAGAAGCAAUCUUACCUUGUUAUGUCCAACACAUUCAGUUGCCAUCGUACAAUAAAGAAGGUAAAACCGAAAAGGAAAUCAUCAAUCACCUUGCAGUUUCCAUCAAGACGUUAGUCAAUAACUGUGAGGCACUGACUAAGAGCUACAAUGGACCUUAUCGUUCGAGCCCAGAACACAAAGGCUCUAGCCAAAGAAACUACAGCAGAGGGCCUUACUCUCCUGGUUUUGAUUUCGAAGAUGAAUCGCACUCCAAAUUCAUGAGCGAACAUUCUAGAGCUAAAAGCAUGUAUGAACACGAUGUAGAAGACUCGGAAGUUCUUAGAGCGGAAUACAGAAGGCCUCGAGAUGUUCUUUUAUCACUUGUAGGAGAAUUUAUGUGCAGAGCAACGGCUAGGUUAAUAGAAUUAAACAAAAAGAAUAACCAAGAAGGGAAAACUAUUGAGUUGUUGGACAUAAGAUCACACAUCCGGCUGGCUGAUAUCGCUCAUAGUUUAUUAAAAGUAUCACCGUAUGACCCAGAGUCUAUGGGGUGUAGAGGCUUGCAACACUACAUGAGCUAUAUUUUACCGUCAACGGAAUGGGCAAACGAUGCUAUGCGACCUGCUCUAGUUACAAUACUGCGACGUCUGGACAAAGUUUUCCAAAAAAUAUCAAAAAAACCUUCGAUUAGGAGAAAUACUGACUGGGAUGCAGCUGCAGGUCUUCUUAAAGGGAUUUAUGACACCAUGCUAAAAUAUCCUUAUAUAAUGCACUGGCAACACAUAAAAGCACUCAUCAAUACGUGUCAGGCGCUAAUAGUGACAGAAUAUUACGCUAGCGAAGGGGUUUCUUCAGCUACUGCAGCUUUGAUGAGUCAAGCUCCUCCACCUCACUUCUGUUCCAUGGUAGUUCGUUUAAUUGCUCUCCAAAUUCAAAAUACCAAUGAUAACUGUACCCUGGAACAAGUUUGUGGUGGCAGUUCCACAUUUUCCACCCAGGAUAAGACGGAAAGUAUGAUAAUGAAUCUGAUAAUGCCGCUAUGUUUGCGUGUUGGAAGUGGCCGAAAAGAUGUGAAUGCCAUGAAACAAAAUGAUAUCAGUUUCGCCCUCACCUUGGUUCUACAUGCAAUGAGUCCUCCUAAUACCAAAUCAGUAGCCUCAUCAGGACCUAACUUAAAAUCAACAGCCGAAAUUCGUACAGGAAGUUUAACUUUCACGGGCACUAGAGAUACAAAAACGUCUUCAAAAAUUAAUACUUCAUUGUACCAAGUUUCUUUCCUUGCUCUAAAAAUAAUGACUAUAUGCUUUGAAGGUGAGUUGAUGACAGUAUGGAAUAAAAUAGCACGAACUAUGAGAGAAUUAGGGAAAAGGAAUGAAGCCGCAAGUUUUCUGUGGGAUUUUUUAGACUUUGUAGUCACACAUAGAACACCGCUGUUCAUUUUAAUGCAACCAUUUAUAUUUCAAAAGCUGGCUCAACCACCGAUAUCAGAUUUUGAACGCAACAUUCAUGCAAAAAUUAGGGAUAAAAUAAGAGGCAUAGGUUUACCAUUUCCUAAAAGUCGUGGAGCUCUUCUAAUGGAACUUGCCCAUCAAAUGAAAGAACUCAAAGAAGAACUGGAAGAUAGUUCCGAAAAUACUGCUGACAUUAAAAAACAAGAAGCCACUCAACCCACGGUGCAAAUGACUACUGAAACUAACCAUGGACGACAACGGCCUUCACUUAUUAGUUUACUUACUGGAGACCAUGGAUCUAAAGGUUCCACCGACCAUCCGCACACAACACUUCCGCCCAAAGUUCCAGAGUCAUCCACCAGCACUAGUCAAUCAACACCGAACCAAGCAGCAAGUGAUGCACAGGAUGUAAAUGCCAACGAUAGUUCAACUCCAUGCAAUGCAGUAACUGAUCGUUCAUCACAAAGGUCAUCUGUGAGUGACGAACAUGGUGUACAAAUGCCUAAAUCUGAGUCUUUAAUGUCUCAUAAGGCACAUAAACUCCGAUUUGUCUCUUCUGUAGAAUUUAGACAUUCAUCAGGGGAGACUUCAACGACUCCUUUAAGUCCGGGAAGUCCUGCAGAUGAUAGCUCUGGUGAAAAUCAUCCCAGCAAAUCUCGCCUCCAACGCAUCAAGCCACAAAGUCGCAAAACCUUUAGAAUUCGAAAAAGCCGCAAAAACAGCCGAGUAGAACUCUCACACAGCAAAUUGGAAUCGGAGGAAUCUCCUCAGCCAGGUUCCCCACUUGUACCUUCCACACCACCAGCAAUCACUCACUCUCAGUCCACUCCAACAACAGAAACACCUCCAGUUACAACGAACAAUAAUCAACAACAACCACAACAAAUCUCAGAUCAACAUCGUUUGAGAAUUUCAAUUCGUGGUAAACCCACUGAGAGUUCAUGGGAUGAAGAUAGCGCAAUUUCUCAAACUUCAAGUACUUCUGGGUAUAAAGAAUCUUAUCCGGUCAUGCAUCUAAGAGACAAUUUGGAAUCUAGCCCAAAGUCGUUUCCCCCACUAGCGUCUCCAGAUAUUCAUGAUUUGCCAUCUACCAGUAGCGCCACUACUACAAAUUUACAGUGCGAUAAUAGUUCGCCUGAUUGUUCCUUGAAUGAAAAUGGAGAACGAACUGCACUCUUAAGCCACACGGAAAGAUCCUCAUCGCAGCAUUCUUUGCUGAUGGUGUUUGAACACCAAGACGAAACAACACUCAUAUAAAACCAUAGAGCUGCACUUUAUAGAGGUUAUCUGUUCUAGUAAACGAAAUUAUCAGUAUUAUUGCUGUUGUGAUAUUUGUAUAGUCCAGGGUGAAAAAGAAAACACAAAUUCAGAAUCCAUAUUUUUAAAAUGCAAUCUGACAUUAAAUUUAGAGUUUUCUAAAAAUUUCAAAAGUCAGUGCAAUCUUUAAGCAGAUUCACCCUGUAUAAAUGUUAAAAAUUUUAUUAAAAUUAAUAUUAUAUACAAUGGUGUUAUGUAAUCAAAUUAUAUAAAGUAGAAGCAUCAAUAACUAACCAUUCUAAACACAAAUAAAACAUUAAACCAACAACAGACCAUCGUUAAA